UAUCCCACUGAAUUAAAAGGAACUCUUUUUUCAGGUGCGCAUGAUGCAACUUCCUUGAUGAUGUGUAGGCUGUUUGUCAACAUGUGAAUCCAAUGUGCAUUUCUGGGAGUUGUCUCCCCUUGAAAAGAUCAAUAAUGGCGGAUAAACAAUGCGGCAUGCAGUCUGGUCACCAACGGACAGUUUUGACACUGUAUACCUGUAUUUCUACCAAUUACCUCAGUAACCUUUGUUGUGAUCACACAGAUGAUGGACCACUCUACUCUCUUUUACAACAGGUGCCCCUACAGAUUCACAAAGUUCCAGUGUUGAGUUUCCAUGACCCCUAUUCAUCCAAGACAGGAAAAGGAAUAGAGUUGACAGGACUUCUUGCACUGUCCCUGGUAGCAGUUUAUGAGGGAACCAACCACAGUAGACAUAGCACACUUCAUCAAAGAUGCACCAGAUGCAGCAGCUUUGUCUCCAUCACUGGUGAAAUGGGAUAUAAGUGGCUGGUCAUCACUUUGUAA